UUUCCUUUUCAGCUCAUGCUGACUCUGCUCAAACAAGUGCGUUCUUGAAAGAGCUCAAUCCUCCUAACAUAAUUCUUGUACAUGGGGAAACUAAUCAGAUGAACAGGCUCAAACAGAAGCUCAUGAGUCAAUUUUCUGAUCGCAACACCAAAGUUCUUACUCCAAAAAACUGUCAAUCUGUUGAAAUGUAUUUCAGUUCGCAGAAAAUGGCAAAAACCAUAGGGAAGCUGGCUCAAAAAACACCCGAAGUCGGUAAAACUGUCGGUGGUUUGCUAGUUAAAAAAGGCUUCACAUAUCAGUUUAUGUCACCUGAGGAUCUCCAUGUCUUUUCACAGCUAACAACAACAAACAUCACUCAGAGAAUUACUGUCCCUUAUUCAGGAGCCUUUAGUGUCAUACAUCAUAGACUCAAACGGUUAUAUGAGAGUGUAGAGCAGUCCGUGGAUGAAGAAUCUGGAGUUCCAACAUUGCAAGUCCAUGAGUGCGUUACAGUGAAGCUUGAAUCAGAAAAGCAUAUCUCCUUGCAUUGGCCAUCAGACCCCUUGAGUGAUAUGGUGUCAGAUUCAAUUGUUGCUCUGAUUUUAAAAAUCAGUCGCAAUGUGCCAAAACUAAUGGAUGAAUUUGAUGUCCUUAAAAUGGAGGAAGAGAAUAAGAAGAAGACAGAGAAGGUUAUGCUUGCCCUCCUUAUCUCACUUUUUGGAGAUGUGAAGGUAGGUGAAAACGGGAAAUUGAUAAUUAACAUUGAUGGGAAUGUUGCAGUGCUCAAUAAAGAAAGUGGGGAAGUUGAGUGUGAAAAUGAAGGUCUAAAGGAAAGAGUAAGGGCAGCAUUCCAGCGCAUUCAAAGUUCUGUGAAACCAAUUCCUCUUUCAGCACCUUAAUUUUUUCCUAGUUAGUAUAGUUUGAAGUCAAAUAAAAGAUAGAUUAGAUCAAACAUUUCUUACCCUUGACUGAGAAUCCUUGACAAUUAUACAUAUUCAAAGAAUGGUCACUGAAUAAGAGACUAUGUCGAGAUUAAAAGUAAAAUCUUGAGGUUCCCAAGGAUAACCAGACUGUUAUCUGUGGAAGUGUUUGAGACUUGAGUUGCAAUGACAUGGAUUUUGUAUGUAGCCCUCACACGACAGUCUAAGAAUGAGGCAUCCAAUGCACAAAAAUAUUACGACAAUCCAACAGUUGAAGGUUGAUAGUUUAGCAACACACUAGGAGAACUCCUUGGGUCACGUAUAAUUUUCACCUAAAACGUGUUGAAAAGCAAGUGUUACUAGCAUUCCCAUCGCAUAGGACUUGAAAGUUGAAACGGAAAAGCAUAUUAUGUGAAUAAUAAUUUCAUAGAAAAUAAGUUCAAGCUAUAUAUUUUUAUCUCCCCCCUCCCUUCAUAAUUUUGUUUAUGAUGGUGUAUGGUCACCACAUUUAUGUCAUGUCACUCUGGGGUCUG